CCACACUUUGACACUACACCCGUUAAUAGACAAACCCGCCUUCUUUUUCAAUCUUCAUUCACUCUAUCCCACCUGUGAUCUCUCUAUUUUCUCUUGUUUUUGAUCCCAAAUCACUAGAUUAUUCCGUUUCUCUUAAACCCUGAUCACAAUUCUUUCCGAUCUAUAUCUUCAUCUUUCUCUACCAGAUUGGCAGAUCCAAGGUUUUGAUUUGGAUCGUUGUUGUUGAGACGUCGAUAAAGUGUUUUUCAGGAGGGUAUUGUUAGUUAAAGAAUAAGGAGAUUAAGGUUUGACUUGAUAGAUCACAAAUAUGGCAGCUCCUGUGCCUCCAGGGGCACCAAGGCAACGUCCACCACCACAAUCAAAUUAUAACCCUAAUUUCCAGCAAAAUCCUAAUGCAUUAUUUGAUAAUUUCCAGAAUUUGAAUAUAAACCGUCCUGUUUCAAUGCCCAAUUCUACUCCGAGGCCAACCCCAUUUGCCCAAACACCACCUUUUCCUUCUACAACCCCUCAACCACCGAUGUCCCGCCCAGGCCCUCCACCACCUGGUGUGGUUCCAAGAUCUAUGGGAACCCAACAACCCACAUUGCCCCCAAAUGUGGCCCAACGGCCCCCUGCUCCGCCUGCUGGCCAAUCUUUUCCUUUUGGUGGCAGACCCCCUCCUGGGUCUUUUCCCUCAUCAAUGGGUAGUGGUGGCCCUGUAGGGGUUCCCCCUUCUGGGGUGCCUCUGGCUGGUGCCUUACCAUCUUCAGGUUCAUUGGCUGGUCCAUUUGCACCACCUCCAAGUGCUAGACCUUUUGCAUCUUCUUCGACCUUGAGUAGUGGUAUGAAUGUACCCCCUUCAAGUGCUCAAGAUGGUUUGACAAGUAAUGGGCCACUGUCAUAUGCUGCUUCGGGGGCUGCACCAGGAGGACCACGUUUUCCUCCACCUGGUAGUGCAAUGCAAACCCAAACACCUCCUGUUGGUCACCCGUCAAUGGUGGCAUCAGUUCGAUCUCCUCCUCAAUCUCCAAGUAUGCGGUUUCCUCUGGGCAGUGCAGGGAUUAGUUCCUCGAUGGUUCCUCCAAUGCAGCAGGCAAUGCCAUUCUCAGUUCCACCUCAAAGUGCGCCUCCAUUUUCAAGUGCACCACCAAUUUCAGCAGCACCUCCUCAAGGUGUACCACCACCUCAAGGUUCUCCUUUUGGGCCACAGACAUGGCAAAGUAGACAGGUUGGUCCAUCUCAUCCAAUUCCUGGUUCAGUGCAACCACCUAGAAUGUUUGGUAUGCCUCCACCACUACCAACUCAGUCGAUGACAACUAUACCUCCUGCUAUGGGUCAAACUGGAGCCCCUGUUGCAGCGUCUUCGAAGAUAGAUCCCCAACAAAUUCCGCGGCCCAUUCCAAGUUCUAUGGUGGUCAUGUAUGACACUCGUGAAGGAAAUCAAUCCAACACUCCUCCGCCCGCGACAAGUGAUUACAUUGUUAGAGACACUGGGAACUGUAGUCCACGCUACAUGAGGUGUACCAUCAGCCAGAUACCGUGCACUAAUGACCUCUUGGCAACAUCCGGCAUGCAAUUGGCUCUUUUGGUCCAACCUUUGGCCCUUCCUCAUCCAUCCGAGGAGGCGAUCCAAGUUGUGGAUUUUGGAGAAAGUGGUCCUGUCCGAUGUUCUCGUUGCAAGGCCUACAUAAAUCCUUUUAUGAGGUUCAUUGAUCAGGGAAGGCGGUUCAUCUGCAAUUUGUGUGGAUUUACGGAUGAAACUCCCCGUGAUUACCACUGCAAUCUAGGUCCUGAUGGUAGGCGUAGAGAUGCUGAUGAAAGACCUGAGCUUUGUAGGGGGACAGUUGAAUUUAUUGCUACAAAGGAGUACAUGGUGCGUGAUCCAAUGCCGGCUGUUUAUUUUUUCCUUAUUGACGUCUCGAUGAAUGCCAUACAAACUGGUGCAACUGCUGCAGCUUGUGGUGCUAUUAGUCAAGUUAUUGCCGAUCUUCCUGAAGGUCCUCGGACUAUGGUGGGAAUCGCAACAUUUGAUUGCACAAUCCAUUUUUACAAUUUGAAACGUGCACUACAGCAGCCAUUGAUGCUCAUUGUCCCUGAUAUAGAAGAUGUUUAUACUCCGCUGGAAUCUGAUGUCAUUGUUCCACUAUCUGAGUGCCGUCAACAUUUGGAGAUGUUGCUGGAAAGCAUUCCAUCCAUGUUUUUGAACAAUAGAACAGCUGAAUCAGCUUUCGGUGCAGCAGUCAAGGCUUCUUUCUUGGCUAUGAAGAGUACUGGGGGCAAACUUCUAGUUUUUCAAUCAGUCUUGCCUUCAGUUGGUAUUGGAGCCCUUUCUGCUAGAGAGGCUGAGGGAAGAAGUAAUAUCUCUGCUGGAGAAAAGGAAUCACACAAACUACUGCAACCAGCAGAUAAAACUUUGAAGGCAAUGGCAAUGGAGUUUGCCGAAUAUCAGGUCUGUGUAGAUGUGUUUCUCACUACUCAGACAUAUGUAGACAUUGCUUCCAUCUCUGUCAUCCCAAGGAUUACUGGAGGACAGGUUUACUAUUACUACCCAUUCUCGGCUCUUCCUGAUCCCGCAAAACUUUACAAUGAUCUUAGAUGGAAUAUCACGAGGCCCCAAGGCUUUGAGGCAGUUAUGCGUGUGAGAUGCAGCCAGGGUAUUCAAGUUCAAGAUUACUAUGGGAACUUUUGCAAACGCAUUCCGACAGACAUUGACCUACCUGCGAUUGACUGUAACAAAGCUAUCAUGGUAACCUUAAAGCAUGAUGAUAAAUUGCAGGAUGGCUCAGAAUGUGCUUUUCAGUGUGCCCUUCUUUACACCACUGUGUAUGGCCAAAGAAGAAUUCGAGUUACAACUUUAUCCUUGCCAUGCACCAGUAAUUUAAGUAAUCUGUACCGCUCGGCUGACUUGGAUACUCAAUUUACAUGUUUCAUGAAGCAAGCGGCAAAUGAAAUUCCUUCCACCCCACUAGUGAAUGUCCGGGAACAGAUGAUGAACCUUUGUGUCAAUGCUCUGGUUUCGUAUCGUAAGUUCUGUGCUACUGUAUCAUCAUCUGGACAACUUAUUCUACCAGAGGCUCUCAAGCUUUUGCCUUUAUACACCCUUGCAUUAAUUAAAAGUGCAGGACUGAGAAAUGAUGGGAGAAUAGAUGAUCGGUCAUUUUGGAUAACAUAUGUUUCCUCUGUUUCUAUUCCUUUGGCGGUUCCAUUUGUGUACCCAAGGAUGGUGGCUAUCCAUGACCUUGAUUCAAAGGUGGAAGGUGGAUCUCCUAUUCCUCCCUUUCUACCUCUUUCUAGCGAACAUGUUAGUGAUGAGGGAAUUUAUCUUCUUGAGAAUGGUGAGGAUGCUCUAAUAUAUAUUGGGAGCUCAGUGGAUUCAAAUAUCUUGCGCCAGCUGCUUGGCAUUAAUUCAGUUGAAGAAAUUCCAACUCAGUUUGUGCUUCAACAGUUCGAUAAUCCGUUAUCAAAGAAGCUAAAUGAAGUGAUAAAUGAGAUAAGGAGCCAAAGAUGCUCUUACCUACGCUUAAAGUUGUGCAAGAAAGGAGAUCAAUCAGGGAUGCUGUUCUUUUCGUAUUUGGUCGAAGACAAGAUUCCUACUGGCGGGCAAUCAUAUGUUGAAUUUCUAAUAAAUAUCCAUCGGCAAAUUCAAGUUAAAAUGUCUUAAUCAUUUUAUGCUUCUGCCGUUGGUUUACAAUUUUUUAUCACCAACACACGAGCCCAAAUGGAAAAAUCCGAAGAGAAGAUGAAAGUCUAGUUCUUGUUUUAUACAUGCACCGGGGAUCAGCACCAUCCGUUUUAUAUUCUGUGAAGGAAGUUGGCUAAGUUUUGCAAUUAGAGGUUUGAAAGUGUAGUUUACAUUUGUAGUUGUCAAAUGCUGGUAAUAAAAUAUAGAGCUUAAAUUUAUCUGUCUAUUUAGUUUGUGUUUUUUUUUCUCUUUCCAUCUCCCAUCAACCUCCCUUGUGUACUGUUAUAAUCUCAGAAAAGCAGGUGGGGAAGGGGACAAUGUGUAAUUGAUUGUUGUCUUCAAAUGGACAAGUUUUGUUUUGUUUUGUUGAUUUUAUAUUACAUUCAAUCAGAUGUACUAUAAAUGAUCUGCUAUUUUGAAUAUAUUAUUUGAUACAUGAUAAAUAGACAA